AUGCAACGUUGUGGUUGUGGUGAAGAGGAUUGCGAUGCCGAUCGUUUAUGGGCUGAUUUUGAGACGUGCGCCACGUCGGUUGCUCGCUUAUAUCGUGAACCUACAUGGAAAGUGGUCCAAGUGGCAGCCGCGGCAACUACUCAAUUAUACAAAAAUGGUAUCGAGAUUCAUCGAAAAGCAUUCGAUAAGGGAUUUGAAGCGGGAAGACGAGCCGCUGUUAAGGAAUUGGUGAACGCGUAUGGAGGGAAGCUUGACUUCAACCGAUUAAUUGAAUUACUUCAAAACGGUUCUGUUGAAGAUGUGCGAAGAUCAAGCGCUGAGAAAACGACGGGAAUUAGUAGUGAAGGGGCGGCCGCUGUACAACUUUUUCAUCAGGCUCUCACUCCUUCUGGUGGAAUCGGAUCACCUGGUCGAGGCCCAGCAGGAACUCCAUCAGCUGAAUUGAGUGCAUUUUUGACGUCACAAGUCGCUCGACGCAAGCGGACUCGAUCCCCAUCAUCGCCAUCUUCACACGUUCUCAAGAAAUUCCGCAAAAUU